UUGAAGUCGGGCGGUCGCGCGCGGGUCGAACAAUGCGUUUGCAUUUGGCCAGCAUCCUCGUUUCUCGGUGAUUGCACAUAAAGCUGCCAUUAUUAGAACUUCAGUGGGCGGCAAGCGGGCUCGGUGCUUUAUCCAGCGUCGGGUUCGCGCGUACACUUACGCACAAUUCGCUCUUCGCGUUGCACUCAAAGUGCUUUCGAGCCUUUCGAGCUCACCGCGUUCUUUCGUCCAUGUGGCUGCCAGUUGUAGCACGACGCUCGUUCGCUUCGCGUUCACUUCGCUUUUUCGUCGAAACGAUCCCGUCCAGAACCAUCACGUCUCCGAGUUUCAGUAAAGAGACUUUCGGUUCAAAUUUUUACGACACUCUUCUCUCUUUCGAACAUUUCGUUGCCAAAAUAUCACGUUCGAUUAAUCCUAGAGAUCCUGGAUCGUUACGUUUCAUUUUUUUACUUAAGCGUUCGAAUUAUUACAGUCGGUCAUCCGGAAUAUUUAUAUUAGUUAUAGUCAUCCGAAACGUUCAAUUUUUUUUUCUUCUUUUUUUUUUUAAGAAACGUUUCAUCCAGACUGAUUUAAGAUCUAUCGCGCUUUACUUUUCUCUGAUGGUGGAUUGUUUCAGUGGAAAGUGUUGAAGUUUUUCAUUAAAACGUUCUGCUCGAAAUAUUCGUGUUCGAUCGAUCUAAGAUUUCGAACCGAUUGCUGCAGAGUGUUAUCUUGGCGCUUGUUCGAAAAAUUGGCGCGCAUUUUCAAGUUGUGAAGGAUGGUUGGUGAGAGCGGGAAGUUCGCUGGAGAAAUCGCUUGUCUAAAUCGCUCGGCGAGGCGUGCGAUUGUCGCCUAAUCGCUGUUAUCGCUCGCUCCACUUUUAUUCCGCUCCUCUCGCGAUCGUUCGCUACAUGCCCGGCCGUUUUACUCGCGUGUAUCGUUAAUUGCUGUUAGUUACCGCCGACGAGUUUGUUGCCGUAUAUAAGUGGUUGUGAUGUAAUCGAGUUGAGCCGCCAGCGAGAUAGUUUUGUGAACUUGAACGGCGAUUGAGGGAUUGAAAGGAAAGUCAAGAAAAAAAAAAAAAAAAAAAGAAAGAAGGAAGAAACUGAAAAAACGUUCGACUUUAGCGAGGCAGUUUCGCUUAAAUGGCGAUUGAAAGAUACUGGAAGGAAUUGAAUAAAUUUGGAAAAAUCGAAUUUCCAAUUCAGCGAGACAGUUUCGUGUACUGCGAUCAAGAGAAAUUCGUCGGAUAGUUGGAAGAAAAAUAUUCUUUCACGAUGUUGGUUUGUGUUUUAUAAAGUCAUUUAAGAUAGUACUGCGAGUCAGAGUCGUGUAAUCAGAAAAGAAAUUGAUUGAGGAUAAUUGGAAAAUGAAGAUGCCCCUUUGUGAAAUCGUUUUCUGCUUUACGAGGAUACCAGCAACGUCCACGCCGACAUGACACCGUGACGUAAAACGCGUUUACGGAUUGACGAGCGGUUGGCACGGACUUGAAACGAGACCAGAAUAUCGACUCUUCGAAAUUUCCUUCCUUUAUCACCCAGUAACUGCAUCUGCCAUUGAGCAAGCAUGUUGCUCGAGUCCCAGAGCGCGAGUUCCGGAACGUCCAAUUGAAAUUUCAUCAAAGCCCGCGCCCGGCCAUGGCGAAGCAGUCGAAACUCCCCAGUUUUCUCCUCGCCGCGUGGCUGCUCGGCACCGUCGCCACCAAAUCGAGAAUGGGCGAGUUUCUGCACAGUUUGCACGAGUACGAGAUCGUUUACCCCCGAGUGAUCACGAGUGAAAACGCGCGCAACAAACGAUCGGCCCACGACCGAGGUACGUCUUCGCUCGAACACCUCGAAGAGCAACUGAUAUCCCUCGGGAUCAACAAUUGGACUUUGAGGACCGUGGCGAACGAUCGAUUGACACUGUCGUCGAACUUCACGGUGAAUUGGGUGCACCGCGGCGGCGAAACGAAAUUCGUUGAAUACAACGGUAUGGUGGAUUGUGAUCUUCGGCAGGGUGGCUUGAGAGGGGAUGAGAAUUCGUUCGCGGUGGUGACGCUGUGCAGGGAAGAAUUGUACGCGCUGAUGUUGAUCGAUCAGAGAUCGUUUCUCGUGCAGCCGCUGACGAAUGGCCAGCACGUGAUGUUCCAGCCGAGAGAUAAACGGUGGUGGUCGGCUAGGGAGUACUCGAAUUUUGUCUCUGUGACUCCGGAAAAUCCUGCACGGACAAAAAAAUCGAGGAAAUUUGGGACUGGAAAGAGCAACGGAAAGACUAAACGGUUCAAACGAUCCAGCGAUUCUGUAAAUCACGACGUUCAGGGAUUUUAUAAUCUCUCCGGUGAUGUCUUUGACGUAGAGUACCCAGAGGCUGAGAAAUUGAUUUUUUACGAUGAAAAGGACGAGGUAUCCACGGAGUAUAACGAUACGAUAGUGAAAGAAUUAUCAAUCGAGAUGAAUUCUGAGGAGCUUGGAUACUUCUCCGGCCCUAAAUGGCAAAGGGCUAGAUCUUCAAAGAAAAGACCAACUGCUAAGGGAUCGCCGCCACGAUGGCUAGAGAUUGGGAUAGCCGCUGAUUAUUCCGUGAUAGAUUUCCACGGAAUUCGAGUGCAACAAUAUAUCAUGGCUCUCUUAAACAUCGUCAGUGCAAUUUAUAUGGACCCGUCUCUUGAAUCAAAUAUGAUUCUGGUGAUCGUACGAAUGAUUUUAUACGCGGAGAAAAGGGACGGUAUGGUCCGUCGCGGCGAUGCCAGACGAUCUCUCGAAAAUGUGAACAAAUGGAACAGGAAGAUGUUGUCCUCAGCGGAUACGAAUUACGAUGUUGCAGUAUGGCUGACAAGAUUAGAUAUCGGUGGACCCUCUGGUUACGCACCUGUGUCAGGUGUAUGCGAUCCCGCGAGAUCGUGUGCCUUAAAUCGGGACGAAGGUUUGACCAGCGCUUUUAUUAUCGCGCACGAAGUAGCGCAUAUCCUAGGUCUGACUCACGACGGGGACGAAACGACCGGAAACGCGUGCAAGGAAGAGGGAUCUCGAGGAAGCGUAAUGGCGCCGAUGGUCGCAGCAACGUUCCAUCAUUUUUAUUGGUCUGCUUGCUCGAAGAAGGAGUUCCAUCGGAGAGUAAGACGGUGGUCCUGUUUGUCGAAUAAGCCGAAAAACGAUGGCUUCGGUCAACUGAGGACCACCGUUCACGAGACGUUCACAAUGGACGAGCAGUGUCGUAUGGAAUUUGGUGAAGGUUACGAACAUUGCAAAACUUUCGACGUCGCGGAACCGUGCUCUCGUUUGUGGUGUGGUAACAGUAACGUUUCUGAAACAUGCAAAACGAAAAAGGGACCACCUUUAGAGGGCACGUUAUGUGGUAACUCAAAGUGGUGUAUAAACGGUCGAUGUCAGUCGACAAACAGAAAAAGCUUCGAUAUUGGAAUAAUGCUGAACAAACCUAGAAACGGAGAUUGGAGUGCUUGGAGUGACUGGGACAAGUGUUCGAGAACUUGUGGAGUCGGAGUGCAGUGUCGAACACGAAAAUGCAACAAACCUCUGCCUGCUUACGGCGGGAAAUACUGCUCAGGCCCGACCGAUGAUUGCAGACUUUGCGAUUUGCCAAAGUGUUUAACUUCCGUUGAUCUCAGAGCUCAACAGUGCGCGAAACUCGGCAACGUUCUACAUCCCGAAAGAGUUCGGUCCAACAACGACGUGACCUGGUUACCGUACGCAUCCGACCAGGCGACUCUGAAAUGUCGAUUGAUCUGCAGAAGCAAAGAGACAGGCGAGAUAUUUCACACUAGGAAGCAUUUGAUUGAUGGCACGCCAUGCUCCUACGGAUCGACAGAUAUUUGUAUACAGGGCGAGUGCCGUCAAAUGGGAUGCGACCGUGUAUUAGGAUCGGAGAAAGCGUUGGAUGUUUGCGGAGUGUGCGGCGGUGACAAUUCGAGCUGCGAGAAUGUCAUCAGCAAGUUUCAGCGGAAGCUUCGACGAGAAGUAACACGCGUUGCUAUAAUACCGCGCGAGGCUCACAAUUUGCGCGUGAACAUCACAGUAGCGGGAUCUGCAUUUUUUCAUCCAGAUAAUUCAACGAUCGUGAUAGGGGAUGGUAGGAGGAGACGGAACGUGCAGGAGAAUUUAGUUUUUCGUAAGAGAGACUUAACGAUCGUUCAAGGUGCUGCCUUUCGCGUUCAGAAACGCGGCAGCAACACGUAUUCCAUUGAGGCAGACGGUUCUGCGUUUGAAGAUGUCGUAAUUCUGCUGGUGGUGCCAGAAAACACAAUGGAGCAAGGAAUCACGGCUUCAGUUUCGUUGCAAUAUUUUCUAAAUCGUGAUGAAAGAAACGCCAAGGAGAGAUACGUAUGGUUAUUCGGCGGUUGGAGCUUUUGUUCGGUCAGCUGUGGCGGUGGAACGCGUCAAAAAAUGAUAGUCUGCAAGGACGAGAAAACUGGAAGAAUAGUAUCGCGAAGGAAAUGUCCAUUGACAACCAAGCCGAGCCAAGAGAUAGAAAAGUGCAACGUUUUUAGUUGUACUUUCAAAUGGCUGCCUGGUCCGUGGGAAGCAUGUUCAACUACAUGUGGAAGGUUUGGCAUGCAAUUGCGGCAACUAUACUGCGUUCAUUCGGGGUUUAAUGGGACAGAGGUAAACAGGAAUAACGAAUUAGAAGUGUACCGAACGAUGGUACAGCCGUCAAUAUGUAAAACAAGUCCCAUGCCUGUGAGAACCAGAGAAUGCAAUAGGAUUCAGUGUCCUGGACGUUGGAUUUUUACUGAUUGGUCCCCAUGCUCGAAGAACAACGGGAAGGGUGUACAAUCGCGAAUAGCUCGUUGCAUCCCACCGGAAAACGAAUCGUUCUACGGCUGCGACGGGCCAACUGUGAAAACGGAAAUACGUUCUUGCACCGGACACGUGACCAGGGCCAUCGAAUUUCCAUCUCGCUGUUGGGGAGACAAAAAUCGAUUCUGCUCUGUACCAAGUUUGAAACGUUACUGCAACGUGCCGGCUUUCAGACGAAAAUGUUGCCGUUCCUGCCAGAGUAACGAAACUUUCGAUUCGUCCGACGAUUCGUACGAUCGGAAGCAUCGUAUAUCGCGAACUUAAAUUGCAUGUUGCAUAAUUAUAGACUAUACUAGAAGAAAAUU